AUGGCCUCGGUGCUUGGAAAACGCAAGGCGCCCUCGGGCGCAGCGUCCCUCGGCAAGAGACCCUCAACCGCCGCCGCGGCGACGACGACGAAGAAGAUGAAGAAGGGUGUCGUCGGAAAGUCUGCGAUGACCAAGAAACCCGCCGCCGCCGCCGCCAAGGAACCCGAACAAGAAGAGGAGGACGAGGAGAAGGACGAGGCGAUCACAGACGCGCGGGAGAUCUUCAGACGGCACUUCGAGGCCGCGUUCAAGCCGCUCCCCGAGACCACGUCCGAGUCGGGCGCGCCGAAGGGGAAGAAGAACAAGGCGAAGAAGGCGAAGGCAAAGGCUGAGGUCGUGGAGGAAGAAGACGAGGACGAGGAAGAUCUGGACGAGGACGUCGGCGCGGACGGGGAGGAAGAGGGUGAGGAUGAGGACGAGGAUGAAUGGGAUGGGUUGUCGGGAGACGAGGACGCAUCCGUGUCCGACGAUGCCUCCGAAGAAGAAGAGGAGGAGGAGGAGGAAGAAAACGUGGUCCAAGUCGUAGACCACAGCUCCUCCGCCCCCAAAGUCGCGAGCAUGAGCAAACGCGAGCUCAAGGCCUUCAUGUCCUCAAAACCACCCUCCCAAACAUCCUCUACCCCAACCGCCCUCCCCUCAACAUCCACCCCCGAAGACGACGAAAACGACAAGUCCAACCUGGCAAACGACCUCGCCCUCCAACGCCUUCUCUCCGAGUCCCACCUCCUCGCCCGCCACUCCCUCGCCUCCCCCUUCUCCAACCCCUCGGGGACCGCCUCGAAAACCUUCUCCGACGGCCGCCUCCGCGCCCGCCAGACCGACCUGCGCACCCAGGCCCUCGCGCCCGGCGUCAAGUCCCUCUUCAAGCAGGAGAGCAUGCCGAUGGCGAUCCGCAAGGGGAUGAACGCGGCCGCGGCGGGCCGCGAGGGCAAGCGCCGCAGGCAGGCGAGGGAGAACGGCGUCGUGCUGGAGCGCGAGGCGCCGAAGAAGACGAAGAAGUCGGGCGCGGGCGGUAGGGGGGAGAGGAGCGUCGACGGGCCUGCUGUCGGGAGGAUGAAGGGGGCCGAGUUGAGGUUGAGCGAGAGGGAUAUUCGGAGUAUUGAGGGGAGCGGGGGCGGGAGCGGUGGGCGAGGAGGCGGUAGAGGGGGGCGUGGUGGUGGGAGGGGAGGACGUAGGUGA